AUGCCAAGCCAUACCAAUAUUGCAAACAAACCAUCUGCAAAUAAUAGUCCUGGACCUCUAGGAUUUACACAAGCAAUGGGCCAAUCAACCAACAAGAGAGAGAACUAUGGUGACAAUUAUUUAUGCUCAGGUAGUUCAGAAUCCGGUAAUGGAGUUAAUAAUGGUACAUUUCGUGGAUUAAGGUGGAGAAAUUCCCGAAGAGUUAAUAAUGUCAACUUAUUAGGUGGGGAUUUAAAUCAACCUGAUUGUCAUGUAUGCCAGUCACAUUUUCUCACUGAUAAUAAUAAUGAUAAUCAUGCUAAUUUAUCAUCAUCUCCUACUGCUGCUGCUUUCAACGUAUUUUGUCGACAUCAGCAUUUGUGCAGUUCAUCUGUAACACCAUGCAUAAAUGUACAUAACUUUAAUGUAAAUAAUUAUCCUUCAUCUUAUUGUUUAACAGGAUUGAAAACUUUAAUAACUGUAUGCUUUUGUAUAAUGAGUACUAUUUACUGGAUAAGUAUAUUUGCACAAGGUACAUUACCUGAAACAUGUUUAGGUAUAUCUCUAUGUCAAAUUAUAGAAACGAAUCGUUCGUAA